AUGCCACCCGUUGCACAAACACCCGGAGAGCACGAGCAUGGGGUGGCGAUUAAGAUAAUAGACGUCGAGCAAGGCAAGAAGGAUUACGUGAUGAAGAACCUGACGAGGGAGGCGAAGGUCUUGUCAAUGCUGCAGCAUCCGAGCAUCGUCAGGCUCUACGAAACUAUCCGGUGCGGAUCUGUGUACUAUCUCGUGACGGAACUCGCGACCGGCGGCGACCUGUGCACACACAUUAAGGAGCAGCCGGCCGGUAAACUGGACGAGAACAUGGCGAGGCUCUAUGCCAGACAGCUGGUCGCCGCGCUCAAGCACAUGCACUCGAAAGGAGUCGUUCACCGAGAUCUUAAAAUGGAGAACAUCGUAUUGCAGGACGAACGCAAGGAACAGAUCAAGAUAGUAGACUUUGGUCUCAGCAAUAUUUACGCCAGCAGCGAUCCUCUGCGAACGCACUGCGGAUCUCCAGAGUACGCUGCUCCUGAACUCUUUGUCGCAGGUAAACGAUAUGGACCGGAAGUAGAUUUGUGGAGCCUAGGAGUCGUUUUAUAUGGCAUGACUAUCGGUCGACUUCCAUUUCUAUGCCCCCGCGACGAAUGGACGUCGUCUGAGGAACGUCGACGGAGGCUGAUGAUCCAAAUCAAUAGAGGCUUGACGUCGAUCCAAGAAAAAGCUAUGUACCAAACGUCAAUCGAAUGCAGAAAUUUAAUAAACCGCUUGCUUAUUCCAUCGGUUCGUGAGAGAAUCACCAUUCGAGAGAUUCUUGAUCACCCUUGGAUCCUCGUGACAUCGAAAAACAACUUUCAUUUUCACUCUGAAGACGACAUGAACAUUUCCAAUCAUGUCUCGAUAAUGAACGAGAUCGCGACGGCAAUGCGAACAACCACGGCUGCCGUCGAGGCUGAAAUAAUGAGACGAAAGUAUGGAGAAAUUGGUGGCAUGUAUAAUAUUAAAAAGCACAAAUUGUAUCAAGUCUCUACUAUUUAUCACUUACCAUCGCGACUUCUUCGAAAUUCUAUGUGUCAAACUGAAGAAAUUUCAUCGUCAACUACAACUAUCAGAAUGGCGAAAAGUAAUUUACGAAAUGGUACAUCCGGGAACUCUGACAAUACCAAUCGCAUAAUCGUCAUGCGACGCAGCCAGGUGCAAGAUCGAUCAGUCAAGAAAUCCUCAUUACACGGUUCCACGACGUGGAACUGGCGAUGCCGCUCCGGAAACGAAAACCGCUCUUCCGAGGAACGGAGAAAUUACGUAAAAUUCGACUUCCUUUUGCCCCACAUCUCUGAUCCCAACGAUUACGAUCACGUCGAUCAUACGGAGUCCCUUAUGUCAAUUUCUCCUUUCAGGGGAUUCGUUAUGAUACCACGAAUACCACGUCCUUAUCGCCCCAGUGUCGUGUGCCGCAAAUUACAAAAAUUCAGGCCGAUAAGCUUUCGAAUCGACGAUCUUAUAGGUGCCAUUCGAUAA